AUGAUAAGCGACGAGGAGGACAACGAUGCAGACUGGGAAGAUGAAGAUGCUGCUAAGGCACAGCCUCAUGUAAGGCCAGCAGCAGCAGCUCCACCUCCUCCUUCAAUUCCUGUUGCUGAGGAGCCGAAGUCUCAUGCACCCACAUCAGUGGUUGAACCUGCACCUCCUACGUUCUCAGCUCAACACGAUUCACCACCUGAUAACGUAAGUGACUGUUACUUCUCUUUCAUGAUAACUGUGUGA